AGGCGGAGGGAUGGGAAGAUGGGGAUGGCAUGAAGCCAGUCCCCUGCUCCAUAUCCAGCCAGGGAAAAGAGGCGUUGGGUGUGCCCAGAGAGUGGGUUUGGGUCCAUUGUCCGCGUGGCUGCCACCUGGCCGGCGUAUCGCACGGCCUGGACUUCGAGGGAGAAGCGGUGUUGGAGUGGGGAGCCGGAGGGUUCCCUCCUCUCGGAGUGCAGGAGCUCCCGGGCUCGUGGGGGCAUCGCCGUUUCACACUUCGCCAGCCAGGUAUGCAAGUGGGUGGGGCUGGUGAAAGGUGGCGUGAGGUGCCGGACAGCGUCAGCCAGGGGCCCUCCUGACGCUGCUGGGAGGGCAGCCAAGAGGCCCUGGGCUUGGGUGAGGCUGGUGAGGUAGGCUGGGUGUCCCUCAAUUGCGGGGUCGGUUAGACCCAGUCCUCCAAGGGAGGGAGGGAGGGACGCUUGAGCCCAAGUGCGCGCCUGCUCCACCUCCCCUCGAGGCGGUUGGAGGUUGCAGGCACGCAGGAGGGUAUGGAAGAGCUCCCUACCCCAGUCGGACCAGACUUCCAAGGGUAGGAAGUCAAGGGGGGUGGUGCGGGUUAAGUAUGAGACACGCCGGGACACGCAGCGUGUGAGGAGGAGGGAUGAGGACUGAGGGUCCAUUGUGGCCAGUGUGGCGAGGGGUUCGGCUAGCAGGGCUAGCUGGGUGCGGAGGAAUGCGGCUGUGCCCUCGGUUGUGCCUAUAAAGCUGCCAAGCACGCGGACGCCUUCAGUGUUGAAAGGUAUGUCUGGGGGAAGGCGGUCGGGUGCAGGGCGCUCGGCUGACCAUGCUGCGCAUUUCGCGGGGUUGUGGGAGAGACCGAUGCGGUCCAUGGCGGCUGUGAAGGUGAGGAAUGCCGAGGUGCAGGCGUCCGGGUUGCCGACGAAAGUGACGUCGUCAGCGUAUGCGAGGCAAAGGACCUCGGGGUGGGCCGCGGCGGUUGCCUGGAGGGCUGGGUGGAUGGCUGCUGCGAAGAGGAGGGGGCCCAUGGGAUCCCCUUGGCGAACUCCCCGUGCGCUGAGUAGGGGCGGGCUAUCAAACUCAGCGUCGAGAUAGAGCAGAGACGGCGCGCCAUACGAGAAUUGGAUAAAUGGAAGGAGCGGGCGGAGGGGCGAGGUGUUGAUUGCGUGGAUGAUUGCCCCACGGUCAACGCUAUUAAAGGCGUUCGAGAGGUCGACUUGUAGGAUGAGUGAGCCCGGGCGCGCAGAGGUGAAACCCCUGGUGGCGUGGAUGAUUGUUUCCCCGCCGCUCCUGAUGGCUACUCCGUAUUGGUGUGGUAGGAAGUAGUCUUGCGCGGAUUGCGUAGAGGAGAUUAGCGCGGCUUUUGCCGCCAGUCGAUGGAGACACUCCCCUAUUGCGAUGGGGCGGGUACCCCCAUCUGGCUUGGUAAGGGCCAGGAGGCGUGAGGAGGUAACGAGCUGGCUGACCUCGUGCGGCAGGUUACCCGCCAGUAACCGCUGGACGAGCUUGUGGAGGUUUGUGGCGACGGCGGGGUUGGACAGCGAGGCGUCGCGAAGGUGCUCGAAGGUCAUCCCCGAGGGGCCUGCCCCAACUCCAUUUUCGGAGCGGGCGAGGAGCUUCGCGAACGUAGCGAAAUCGACUGUCGGCGGCCUGCAGUUUUCGUCAAGCCGUGGCCAGGUGAGGCUUUCGACAAGCGGAGGGGGGUGUUUUGACUUCAGCGCGUCCAGGACCGUGGGGGUGGACUUGCUGACUGGGGUCGAAGUCAACGCGAGCAGUGCCCGUCGCAAACUGCCUCGUCGUACCAAGCCCUCGGCGCGGGAUAUUUUCCCGAGAGUGUCAGGUACGUGGCGGGGAGGGGGUGGCAGGGUGACAGCCGAGGCAGCAGCUUGGUACAGUGUGUCCCACUGGCCCGCGAGAAAUUGUCGAAGUCGUCGUUCCGUCGCGGGCCAGUCAGGGCGUCGAGGCGAGGGUAGGCGAAGUGUGAGGCGCGGGAGGUAAAGUAACAGGGUCCAACCCUCGAUGGAGGUUGGAUGUUUGGCGAGGAAAAGGAGGGGUGUCAGGAGGGUGAGCGCGAAAAGUUGACGGAUUUGGGGGGGUAACCGGCGGGAGAGAGGGGGUUGGCGACUGUCGCAGAGAACUGCGACGUCCCACGUGGCGAUGACGGCGAAUCUGGAGGGGUCAUUCGCCAGUUCUUCCGGGGACAACUGCUGGGCUGCCUGGGGGUGGGUGUCCAGCGGUGCCCGAGUAUUGUGCAAACGGCUGGACCCUCGUCCCCUAGAUCUUGGAGA